GUUUCAAGUGCUCUUCUAAUAGAUCACAACGGGACCAAGAUCACUGAGGUCGCCGAGGCUGCACAGCGUGUUUCUGAGAGUCGCGAGGCGAAGGCUGCAGCGGCUACAUCUUCUACUUUAACCGCAAUAGAAAAGAUUGACUUCGAGCAGAACAAUAAGACUGAC